GCAGGGAGCGCGGCGUGGACCCCGGAGCUGUGUGGCGCAGCUGUGGCGGCGCCUCCCGCUCGCCACACGCAGGGCGUGGGUCCCCGAAGGUUGCAUGAUGGAAUUUGAACAUUACCUCAAGAGGUUUUAUGUUUUGGAUUAGCUAAUUGUGUUUGUCCUCUGCUGACUAUUUCUUCGGACUCAUUUUUUGGUGUCCUUUUGAGGCAGUAAACUCAAAGGGAUUAUACCAUGGACUACAAGGAAAGCUGUCCAAGUGUAAGCAUUCCCAGCUCUGAUGAACACAGAGAGAAAAAGAAGAGGUUUACUGUUUAUAAAGUUCUGGUUUCAGUGGGCAGGAGUGAGUGGUUUGUCUUCAGAAGGUAUGCGGAGUUUGAUAAGCUUUACAACACUUUAAGGAAACAAUUUCCUGCUAUGGCCCUGAAGAUUCCUGCCAAGAGAAUAUUUGGUGAUAAUUUUGAUCCAGAUUUUAUUAAACAGAGAAGAGCGGGACUGAAUGAAUUCAUUCAGAACUUAGUUAGGCAUCCAGAACUUUACAACCAUCCAGAUGUCAGAACAUUCCUUCAAAUGGACAGUCCAAAACAUCAGUCAGAUCCAUCUGAAGAUGAGGAUGAAAGAAGUACUCAGAAGCUACACUCUACCUCACAGAACGUUAACCUGGGACCAUCUGGAAAUCCUCAUGCUAAACCAACAGACUUUGAUUUCUUAAAAGUUAUUGGAAAAGGCAGUUUUGGCAAGGUUCUUCUUGCAAAACGGAAACUGGAUGGAAAAUUUUAUGCUGUCAAAGUGUUACAGAAAAAGAUAGUUCUCAACAGAAAAGAGCAAAAACACAUUAUGGCUGAACGUAAUGUGCUCUUGAAAAAUGUGAAACAUCCAUUUUUGGUUGGAUUACAUUAUUCUUUCCAAACAACUGAAAAGCUUUAUUUUGUUCUGGAUUUUAUUAAUGGAGGGGAGCUGUUUUUUCACUUACAAAGAGAACGGUCCUUUCCUGAACACAGAGCUAGGUUUUAUGCUGCUGAGAUUGCCAGUGCAUUGGGUUAUUUGCACUCCAUCAAAAUAGUGUACAGAGACUUGAAACCAGAAAAUAUUCUUUUGGAUUCAAUUGGACAUGUUGUCUUAACAGAUUUUGGGCUUUGUAAAGAAGGAAUUGCUAUUUCUGACACCACAACAACAUUUUGUGGGACACCAGAGCCUCCUUUUUAUUGCCGAGAUGUUGCUGAAAUGUAUGACAAUAUUCUUCACAAGCCCCUAAGUUUGAGGCCAGGAGUGAGCCUUACAGCCUGGUCAAUUCUGGAAGAACUCCUAGAAAAAGACAGGCAAAACCGACUCGGUGCCAAAGAAGACUUCCUUGAAAUUCAGAAUCAUCCUUUUUUUGAAUCACUCAGCUGGACUGAUCUUGCACAAAAGAAGAUUCCACCACCGUUUAAUCCUAAUGUGGCAGGACCAGAUGAUAUCAGGAACUUUGAUGCAGCGUUUACAGAAGAAACAGUUCCAUAUUCCGUGUGUGUGUCUUCUGACUAUUCCAUAGUGAACGCCAGCGUACUGGAGGCCGACGACGCCUUUGUUGGUUUCUCUUACGCACCUCCUUCAGAAGACUUAUUUUUGUGAGCAGUCUGCCAUCAAGAACCCAUUGAGCAAAUAUAAGCCUACAGAUGACAUGGAAACUCCUGUUUGUGUGAAUAUAUUCAAAUAUGUUUAACUAGUGCCUCAUUUUUACAUGUAAUGUUAAAAAUUAUGAAAAAUGUAUUUUCUGCUGUAUGCGAGAAAAUAGGGCAUUUCAGAGAACUAAGUUUUGAAUUAAAAUUUGUAUUCUUGUUUAUUAAGCUUAUUUUUAAACAGAAAUUUUAAAAGCUACUGUUCUUAGCAUUAACCUAUUUUUAAAGAAAACUUUUUUGCUAAUGACUGUUUCUUUUUCCCUCUAGGUUUAUGCUAACAUCUACCCAAGAUAGACUGUUUUUUAACAGUCUGUUUCAGUUGAGUUAACAUACAUUAAUGCCUUCGUAGCUCUCUACUUUGAGUUCUCAGAUCACAACUAUGCAAUUGGUACAUGGUUGUUUAAGAAGAAACCAUAUCUUUCCAUAAUGAAUCACUGUUUGACAUUAUUGUUUCUUGGUAGGAUUAAAAUAUAAAAGCAUAGUUAACUCAUUGGCUGCUAGCUAACACUUUGAGUAACUGUCCAUUCUGCAGAUCAAAUUAAGAAGUAACA